AUGGGGACAGUGCAGCCACACCGCCUCCUGAGUGGCUUCCUGGCCCAAAAUAACAAAGAAAAGGGAACACCACAAAAAGAUGUCACAAUAAAAAAUGAUGCACCAGCUACAUUGUUGUUAGAGAAGCAUGUGGACUACAUAGCUGCUUAUGGAACAAAGAAAGAUGAUUAUGAAUACUGCAUGUCAGAAUAUUUAAGAAUGAGUGGUGUUUAUUGGGGAUUGACAGUAAUGGAUCUUAUGGGACAGCUGCCUCGAAUGAACAAAGAAGAAAUUCUGGCAUUUAUCAAAUCAUGUCAACAUGAAUGCGGUGGAAUAAGUGCCAGCAUAGGCCAUGACCCUCACCUUCUAUAUACACUUAGUGCUGUCCAGAUUCUAACUCUGUAUGACAAUCUACAUGUUCUGGAUAUAAAUAAAAUAGUUGAUUAUGUGAAGAGUCUACAAAAGGAAGAUGGGUCAUUUGCUGGUGACAAAUGGGGAGAAAUAGAUACGAGAUUUUCAUUUUGUGCAGUAGCAACACUAGCCCUUCUGGGUAAACUGGAUUCGAUUGAUGUGGACAAAGCAGUAGAAUUUGUUUUGUCUUGCAUGAACUUUGAUGGAGGAUUUGGUUGUAGACCAGGAUCUGAAUCUCAUGCAGGACAGAUCUAUUGUUGCACAGGAUUUCUGGCAAUAACUGGUCAAUUGCACCAAAUAAACGCUGACCUGCUAGGAUGGUGGCUCUGUGAACGGCAGUUGCCAUCUGGUGGCCUCAAUGGAAGGCCAGAGAAGUUACCUGAUGUAUGCUAUUCAUGGUGGGUGUUGGCAUCUCUGAAAAUAAUUGGCAGGCUGCACUGGAUUGACAGACAGAAAUUACGCAACUUUAUCUUGGCUUGCCAGGAUGAGGAGACUGGAGGAUUUGCUGAUCGGCCGGGAGAUAUGGUGGAUCCAUUUCACACCUUGUUUGGAAUUGCUGGACUCUCAUUACUAGGAGAAGAACGAAUUAAGCCUGUGAAUCCUGUCUUCUGUAUGCCUGAUGAGGUCCUUCACAGAAUAAAUGUACAGCCGGAACUUGUGAGCUAGGUUUUAACGUUGUACAACAUUGCCAUCCUCAGCUGCUUUGAAUUUUUCCAUCAAAAGACAUUUUAAAAUGUGUUUACAUGACAAAUUACCACUUCACUGUAAACACUCAUUUUCUAUGUAGACUGUAUUCAAAGUUAAUAAAUUGAGUAUUACAUGUGAUUAAGGUUCUCAGAACAGAUGUAGAUAUACAUUUAAAUUGUCUUUUACAAUGUUUGCUUUAGGAUUCUGUUCCAGUCCUGUUACUUCAAAAUAGCAUACUGUAUGAGGCACAGUAGAGGAAUACUUGAAUUGUAUGACUUUAUAUUUAUUAAACGAUCGUUCAUCCAUCUUGAUGAUAGCAUGUAUUGGACAUGAAUUGUCCUGAAUACAGUUUCCAUUAAGAAAGAAAUUUACUUAUAUAUGCCAGUGACACUUUAUGCACUUACGUUCCUGUUUAGGAUCUGCCAUAGUUUUUUAAUCCAAUUUGAGUCACAUUGUCUUGUCCUGCGUAACAGUAGACAUUUUGUGGUGGUACUCAAACUGUUGCUUUUUACUAGUGACAUCCUUUAAUGAAGUUUAAUAAUGCAAUCAUGAUGUACCUUAAUAUAAACUGAUGCCCUUGUUGACUGUUUAGAACUUGUUCCAUUGCUCUAAAAUAUUUAUUGCAAUUGUAGAAGCCCACUUUCAGUAGCAUUUAGAACAAUUGUGU